AUGUCGUGGUUUUCGUCGCGACUGAACCAUGCCCAGGAGGUUACCCAUCCCCGCAAGCGCUUCUACCGAGCUCGAGCGCACUGCAACCCAUUAAACGUUACUGACUUCGACGUGCCGACGCGACCAGAAGAAUUUGACUGGUACGGUACCCCCUUGGUGCGCUUUGUGGACAUUGGCUGCGGCUUUGGUGGCCUGCUCGUAAAGUUGUCCACCAUCUACCCGGACACGUUGAUGUUGGGAAUGGAGAUCCGGGACAAGGUCUCCGCGUACGUCCGGGAGAGGAUAGCCGCCCUGCGACGUGAGCAUCCGGGUUCGUACCGCAACGCUUCCGUACUCCGUACAAAUGCCAUGAAGUACCUGCCCAACUACUUCAAAAAGGGCCAACUGACCAAGAUGUUCUUUCUGUUCCCGGACCCUCACUUCAAAGCCGCCAACCACCGGCGCCGCAUCAUCAACUCGCACCUCCUCACUGAAUACGCCCACUUGCUGGCCCCGGGAGGCUGGCUCUACACCAUCAGCGACGUACCGGAGCUGGGCGAGUGGAUGGUGGCCAAGUUGGACGCGCACCCGUUGUUUGAACGAGUGAGUGAGGAGGAGCUGGAGAGCGACCCUGCUGCGGGGCUGCUGGCCACGAGCAGUGAGGAGGGCCAGAAGGUGGCGCGAAACGGCGGUGCCACUUUCCGAAACGUGUACCGCAGACUGCCGACACCUCGAGGCCUGCCCCAGCCGCCGCAGGCGGCGGUGAAGCCCUAAACAGGCGACGGCGGCGUAGUGAGUCACUCAGUGUCCCUCAGCGGUCUUGGCCCAGUCCCUCAACACACCGACAACGGUUCGAGCACGAGGAUGGAUUUGGCUGUUGAGGACGAACGAGUGCGCGAUCGUUGGUGGUUCUGUUGCUAGGCUGCAUGGCGGCGUGAUGGUGCCUGCUGCUGCUGCUGCUCAUGAUGAUGUUGAUGAUGGUGGGUGCAUGUGCUAGUAGUAAGGUAGUGUGCCGGUACGCGGCCUGCGGCCAUGGUUGGCCUGCAUGACGGAGGUUUGUUGGAGUGAGUGAAUACGGGAGGUUUGCACCCUUGUCAUUUGCGUCUUGAUGACAUGAUGUAAGGACGUAAUGGAUCCGAUCGAUCCGAUCUGAUCAACGGCAAUGCUGCGCGAACCCACCAUACACACUGUAUGUGAAAAAUUCGGUUAUGUGUUCAGGAUGACGAUGUACGGUGACGAUAGGGGACUCUUACCGUACACUCGGCACACAUGGCUUCAUGUAUCUUGGGGUGACACGGCACAGUAACGCCGCGGAGUGGGAUGGUUUGACGCCACCCCCAUCCCCACCCCCGACCCCGUGAUGACGUUUGCGGGUACGGCACAUGGACCCGCGGCGAAGGACGUAUUUACAACAUCUGAAGGUAACGUGUUUCUAAGAGUAACGUGUUUGUAUGCCUCCGGGUGAAGCCGCUAUCGUUGUAUUGCACGUCAACUUUGGUGAUAAGCUUUGGUGUGCGCGCGACAAAAAGUUCACUGUACGGUACGGCGGAUUGCAUCUCGGUGCGUGUCGUACAAUUAACCGGACGAGAACUUAAAAUUGCAGUGUGUGUCUAUUAGACGCUCUGAACAUGUUGUAUAUGUGUGUGUGUGUGUGUGUGUUUGCUGCCCCGUGUAACCCUUUCUGCUUUU